UUGCAAAAAAGUUUAUUUGCGACGACUGCAAUUUUAGCGUUACAAAUAUUGUAGCAAAAACUGAAAAUUUCAUUUCCCUCCCUCCAAAUACAGCGCGGGCACUCAAUGAAAAUUUGAGUCAGGUUUUUGCAACGACAUAGUUGUUGUGUAAUAAAAAGUAUAUAUAUGAAAACAACCAAUGUAGUUGUAAAAAAGAAAAAUAAAUAAUGACAACAACAGCUCGUUAUCAAACAUUUAGAAAAAUAAAAUGGGUAAGACAAAAAAAUAUAGAUUAAACCAUUCAAAUCUUCUUUUUUAUUUUUUCAUUUGCUCUGAAGAAAACGCUCGAAACCCUUACUAUUUCCCACCACUCUCUCUCCAAUGGAGACCCAUCUUCUUUGAUGACCCAAAAUCCUCGGCUUAUAGAUCUUCUCCGGCGACUCAGCCUCUUCACUUUCUCCGGUCCGGCGACCCAUCAAACUUUAGCUACAACUUCAAUUGUGAUCGGUACUUUGUUAGUGAAAGUGGAGAUUAUAAACAUAUUGAUUUUUAAUAGUUGCCGCCACAACAUAAUUCUCCUCAAGGUAUUCAUUUGAACAUGGUUACGAAUUGAAGUGCUAAAAUUCUCAAGGAAAACUGGUAUUUGGAUAUGGCAUUGAACAAGGCAUGGAUGAAAUUAAAGAGUCGUUCAUCUUCUGAUUAUAUUUAUGGUGUAGAUAGCUUCUUAGAUUUUGCCCUUUCUAGUGUUGAAGAAAAUGAAAAAGAAACUAUCACUAUCAGGUGUCCAUGUAAUAGUUGUCGUAAUAUUUUAUAAAAGAAAAUGUGAUGUUAGAUUUGACUUGCUAAAAUGGGGAAUGUAUGAGAAGUAUACUUCAUGGGAAUUCCAUGGAGAAUUAUAUGAUGAUUCAAGUGAUGAGGAAAACGACAAUGGCAAUGUCUUUGGCAAUCAUGAUAGUGGAUUUGCCAUGUUACAAGAUGCUUGUGGUGUAGCUGCUAUGAAUGUGGGGCUAGAUGAGGAUACAUCUAAUGAAAACAACCUGAUGCCUGAAGAACCUAAUGCUGAUGCACAAAAGUUUUACCGUUUGUUAAAAGAGUAUCAACAACCAUUAACUGUAGACGGUACAACAAUGCCUAAACUAUCAUAUAUUGUGAAAUUGUUGCAUUUGAAGGUCCUCAAUAAGUGGAGUGGUAGUUCGUUUGAUAGCUUACUUAAGUUACAACGUCAAGCUUAUGGCUCUACAAUUCCUGAUUCUUAUUAUGAGGCAAAGAAACUCAUUAAAGAUUUGGGUCUUGAUUAUAUAAAGAUUGAUGCUUGUCAAAAUUAUUGCACUCUUUAUUGGAAAGAGAAAGAAAAUUUGACUAAGUGUCCCACAUGUGGUUUAUUGAGAUGGAAAAGUGAUGAAAAAGGUUCUUCUAAAAGUAUAACAAAGGUGCCUCACAAGGUUUUGCGCUACUUUCCAUUGAAGCCUAGGUUACAAAGGUUGUACAUGUUUAGAAAGACGGCUGAAGAUAUGCGAUGGCAUAGUGAAGAUAAGUUCAAUGAUGAUAUAAUGAGGCAUCCUCGUGACUCAAUUGCUUGGAAGUCAUUUGAUAUGGAAUUUAGUGCAUUUGGCAAAGAAUCACGUAACGUAAGGCUAGGACUAGCUUGUGAUGGGUUUCAACCAUUCAAUAAUUCACAGCACAGUACCUGGCCUGUUGUUCUUAUUCCGUAUAAUCUGCCUCCAUGGAUAUGCAUGAAAGCUCAUUCAUUCAUGUUAACUUUACUUAUACCCGGACCUACUAGCCCAGGAAGAAAUAUAGAUGUAUACCUUCAGCCAUUAAUUGAUGAAUUGAAAGAGCUUUGGAACAUUGGAAUUGAGACCUAUGAUGCUUUUUCUAAGGAAAAUUUUCAGAUGCAUGCAGCAGUGUUGUGGACAAUCAAGGACUUUCUUGCCUAUGGAGAUCUUUCUGGAUGGACCACUAAAGGCCAUUUUGCAUGCCCAUGCUGCCAUAAAGAAACGAAACGAACAUCUUUGCUGAGCAAGGGUGGCUAUUUAGAUCAUCGACGUUGGCUUCCACUUGAUCAUAUAUGGAGACAAGAUGUUGCUUCCUUUAACAAUAAAAAGGAGAAAAGGCGUUCACCGCUUCCAUUGAGUGGGGAAGAGGUACUACAACACUUGUCUCGUUUCACACCAGAAAAGUUUGGAAAGAAUUCUAACAAAAGAAAAAGGGAUGCCUCAAAUAGUCUGUAUGGGUGGCAUAAAAGAAGCAUUUUUUUUUAAUUUGCCUUAUUGGAGUAAGUUAAAAAUUUGUCAUAACUUAGAUGUUAUGCACAUCGAAAAAAAUGUCUCUGAUAACAUUUUGGGUACUUUGUUGGGCAUAAAAGGCAAGAGCAAAGAUACCACAAAGGCUCGAAUAGAUUUGAUGAAGAUGAAAGUUAGAAGUGAAUUGCACCCGAUAUUGGAUGGUGAUAAAGUACGUGUUCCUGUUGCAUGUUACUCUCUAAGCUCAAGUGCCAAAGCUGCCAUAUGUGAUAUGUUUACUAAAAUAAAAUCCCCAGAUGGCUAUUUAUCAAACAUUUCUCGUUGUGUCAAGGAUAAUGGAAAAAAGAUUUCUUGCUUGAAGAGUCAUGAUCAUCGUGUGUUCAUUGAGCAGUUACUUCCUCUUGUAACGCGUGGCUUUUUGCCAAAGUAUGUGUAUGAACCUCUGGUAGAGUUAAGUUCCUUUUUUAGGAAUUUGUGUUCAAAGAGUGUAACCAUCGGUGAACUGGAAGAUCUUGAAAGAAAAAUCCCUUACACGUUGUGUAAGCUUGAGAUGAUUUUUCCACCAGCUUUUUUUGAUGUCAUGGUUCAUUUAGUUAUACACUUGGCAGCCGAGGCAAAGAUUGCUGGGCCAGUUCGUUAUCGUUGGAUGUAUCCAGUUGAGAGGUAUGUUGGGUAAUAUUUUUUUUUUUUUUUAGUUUUUCUAUAAUUUUGAGAAUUCACUGACUUUAAAAGCACUUUAAACUCAAUAGGUACAUUCAAACUUUGAAAUCAUAUGUUCGUAACAGAGCACACCCAGAAGGUUCAAUAGCUGAAGGAUACCUUGCUGAUGAAUGUCUAACAUUUUGCUCCAGAUUAGGAUAUGGAAGUUUUGCUAAGGUGCCUUCGUUGUGGAUGUUGAAAGAAGAUGGGUAUUUUGGGCAUUGAAUGAACUGAUGUUGUAUUCUUUUGGAAUGAAUGAAAUACUAUCUUGAAUGUUGUGGUAGGAAUAGAGUACUACCAAUUUUUGGGCAUGACAUUAAACUAUGUAUAUUCUGAAUAUUAUGUGACAUUGAUGUCACAUUUUGGGCAAGCAUGGAAAAUGUUUGUACUUGGAACAACUUCCAUCUUUAAUAUAUUCAAAAUAGUAAAUUCAAGUA